AUGGAGGUGUGCGAGAGCGGCGGGGAGCAGCCGCCGCUGCUGCACUGGGACCGCAAGCUGAGCGAGCUGUGCGAGCCCGCAGACCCCGAGACGCUGCUGAGCCGCACGCACUUCACAGAGUUCCUGGAUGAAUUUUCACCUGAUGUCCUAGGCCAGCUGUUGAAUGACCCCUUCUUGUCUGAGAAGAAUGAGAUCAUGGAGGUGGAACUGUCUCCAGCAUCCCCAGCACCCCUCAUCCAGGCUGAGCACAGCUAUUCCCUCUGUGGGGACUCUCGACCCCAGUCUCCCCUGACCCACAUCUCCACUGAUGACAACUUUAAUGAAGGUGACCUGGAAAAUGAGGAAUGGUGUCUGGCUACAGAGUUUACUCCAGCUGCAAUAAAGACUGAGCCAGGGCUUUGUGAGACAUCAGGCCUUGCUCCCUCAGUCAGUCUCACCAUCACGGCCACGUCGCUGGAGGGGGAACAGCCUGAGCUCCAGACAGAUGCCCUGAUGAAACCACUGAUCCAGAAAGUUCUUCCAGAGAUUAAAUUGGAGCCCCAUGAAGUGGAUCAGUUCCUGAACCUCUCUUCUAAGGAAGCAGUGGAUCCCCUGCAUUUGCCUCCCACCCCUCCGAGCAGCCACGGCAGUGACUCUGAGGGAGGGCAGAGCCCGGCUCGCUCUCUCCCUCCUUCCAGCCCAGUGCAGCUCCAGGCCACGGCCAAGGUUGCGUCGCGCACAGCUUCGAUGCUCUCCAAUUCCCCUCUCCUGACUGCACCACAUAAAUUACAGGGGACUGGCCCCCUCAUCCUGACAGAGGAAGAGAAGAGGACACUGAUAGCAGAGGGCUACCCAAUCCCUACCAAACUACCCCUGACAAAAGCAGAGGAGAAAGUCCUAAAGAAAAUCCGCAGGAAAAUCAAAAACAAGAUCUCUGCCCAGGAAAGUAGAAGAAAAAAGAAAGAAUACAUGGACAGUCUGGAAAAAAAAGUUGAGACCUGCUCAAAUGAAAACAGUGAGCUGCGUAAGAAGGUUGAAGUCCUGGAGAACACUAACAGAACACUUCUGCAGCAGUUGCAGAGGCUCCAAGCCAUGGUUGCUGGCAAAGUGUCCCGCUCGUGUAAGGCAGCUAGCACACAAACAGGGACCUGUCUUAUGAUGGUGGUGCUGUGCUUUGCAGUAGUUUUUGGCAGCUUCUCUCAGAGCUAUGGGCCAUAUCCUUCUGCUACAAAGAUGGUGUUGCCCAGGCAGCAUUCCUCACCAGAGUCCUACACAGAUUCCAUUGUGAGGUCAAGGAGCCUCCUAAUUUAUGAAGAGCCUCAACAGCUGGAGGAGCCAUCCAGCCCGAUCUCCUUCGCAGAUCGCAGUGACAGACAAACAGACACCUCCAAGUUCACAGCACUGUCCCUGGAAGCUGUGCCAGGGACACAGCAGGAUGAAAUCAUGCAGUUCACAAUAGCCAACGAGACAAGGCUAGAGAAAUCAGUGCUGCUGGGCCUGCAGCAGCACAGAGUCAACUCGGAACUAGAAGGAAAUGAAACACUGAAGAUAAUUGAAAUAGACAGAAGAGUCAAUGCCACGUCUUAAAAAUAAAAAAGAGUGACUUCUUGACUUCCCUCCUUCCCACAUAUUUUCAACCAAAGUUCCCCUGACUUGUCAUCCUCAGUGAACCAAAGUACAAAAGAGAGGGAGUUCAACUUCUGCAUUGACUGAUGAGGCUGUGACUACAGAUGGGAUCUCUUGUCUUUGUAACUCCCUUCCUCACGUCACACACAGUCCCUGUCUCUGCUUUUAUCCCUUUCCUGUCUAACACUGCAAGGGCAGCACUGAAUUAUGAUGGCAGAUGAUGCCAGCAGUGUGCCAGUGACUGGUGGGUGUGUGUGCCUGUAAAUGCACACAGCCUGAUCUGAGCACAAAGACAUUCUGGAGAAGGGUGAAUUGUGCAAAACCAAUGGGAGCAUGUGGGUGAUGGUUUUCUUGGGAGAAGGUAAUGGAGAGAGAGAGGAGAUGCAGCAUGAUGGUGCUUAGAGUCUCACCACAGCUCUGUGCCUGCUGGUCUACAGCCCUAGAGCCUUUUGGGGGGAUAGAGAAGCACAUGUGCAGCCUGCUGCUGAGGGGACAAGAAAGGGCCCUGACACUGCUGAGUUCACAGCACAGGCAGGAGAGGGCUGGUCCCUGGUGCUGCUGAAUUGUCCUCCCCAUGCUCUUUUUCUUCUCCCCUCCAGUCUCUUCAUUACUUAGCAGGGUAGGUUUCUCUGUGCAUUGAAUGCAGUCCUAGUGGGCUUCCCUGCUUCCACCCUUGAGAAAUUAAGCAAAGAUAGUCACUGUCUUACCACACACUGUGUGGGAGAAUUACACUAGUUUAACUAAAUCUGUUUAGAAAGCAGGUUUUGUUACAUUUAUGCAAUAUUUUAGAUGGAUGCCCUUUAGUCUGCUUAAGGCUAAUCUAUUUAGCUUAAGUCAGUUCCUUCCCAACAAACUAAAUCAAUGUAAGGCUUAAACCAGAAGUGCCUCCUGAGAGGACUGUAUGGAUUUAAUUUAUUGGCUUCUAGCUGGUUGAUGAAAAUUCUUGUGUAGACCCGGUCUCAGAUUGUCUUGUGUUUUCCUUUCCUUGCCAUCUUCCUGUUACUGUUGUAAAUAGUAUUUAUUAGCUUUGAAACAUUCUGUUCAGGUAGUUGCAGUGAAGAGAACUGAGCUUUCCUAACCCUGCAAGUGAUCUGGGCAGACCCUGAAAUUGGACAGACAGACAUCACUGAAUGCCCGUUUCCUCCCCUUAAGCUUGAGUUGUCCUAAAAUAAAGCCAGGUGUCUUGUUUUCCUCUUACCUGCUUUUCCAGAGGUGUGAUCUGAGACCAGCUGCUUUGGGUACAGAUAGGCCAGCCCAUGCCUAGAGGUGGUGGAUCCUGUAUCAAGUGUUUGCCAAGGCAGCCUCUGACCUGAGGAGCUGAUUACAUGGGCAGGAGACCUGUCAAAAGAGGAAUGAGAUGAGCACAGGAGGGGGUGAAGUGACUGCCAGGCUCACUGAGAAAGCCAAGAGCAGCAUUCAGGUCUGGUCCUGGUUCCAGUCUUCUUCUCCAUGCUUUGUUUCCCUCUUGUCCCAUGGUGUUGUCUUCAUGUGCCCUCUCUCUCUCUCAGUACCCUGGUCAUGCCUUUGCCUGAGCUGUGCUUCUUGCAGUUUGUCCUUGCAGGGGCAUCGUUGAACUCAGUCCAGAAUUUGAGCAGGGUUUUAUCUGGUUCCUACAGAAGGGCACUCCUGCUCCAUUGAGGAUGGAUCUAAUGUGAAAAUCCUAAUUCAGCAGGCUAGCAGAGCUACUUAACAGUUUACCAGAAGAAGUCAAUUAAAAAAAAAAAAAGGAUUUUGAAGCUCUUUUUUUCUUUUAAUUUUUUUCCUAAUGUUAAAUAAGGGAAAAACUAACCUAGCCUUACAAAUAAUUUUUUACUAUGUACAGUAGAUAUUUCUUGCAGCUAUUCUAUUUUGUAAAAUAUUGAAUUUAUAUUUUAUUACAGCAGCUGUCGCACC